AUGAAGUCGCUGAUUGAAAAAGGCAUAGGGUGUACUACGAAGCAGGCUGAUCCUAUUUUACCAGAAGACGAGGCCAAGUUGUGGGAUGUUGGAGUUUUUGGAAAGAAAAACGCAGAACAACUUCAGAAAACGAUUUUCUUUUACGCAUGUAAAAUCUUUGGUCUGCGUGGAUGUGACGAACAUCAUAACCUAGCAUGUGAACAGUUUACUAUUGGAUCAGAUAAGCUGGGAAAUUUUAUUGAGUUUAAGGGUCGAAAAACCAAAACGUACAAAGGUGGGCUCGGACAGCUAAAUGUGUGCAACAAGACCAUUAAACAUCACUGCCAGUCUGGGGAGAGAUGCAUUGCUGACUAUUUUGAUCUAUAUCUGGAUUCCCUUGGACGUGGAGGAGUAUUCUAUCGAAGACCUCUGCCCGAAACACCUGAGGUGCCAAUUCGAUACGGAAAUCAGGUCAUGGGAAUUAAUGAGCUGAAAAACUUCAUGCGAAUCAUUUGCACGGAAGGUGGUUUACAGGAUCUUGGAUUCGCCCAAGGAGUGUACCGAGAAUUCCACUCCGAUGAAUUCUCUAGAUGGAUGCGCUCCGGAUGCCCCGCUAUUCCACUGACUGCAGCAAGCGUCCAGGGUGAGGAGGAACCUCAGAGCAAGAGAUUCAAACCGAACAGAUUCCCGUUUGGAGAAUUUAAAAAUUGUAACAUUACAUUCCAGUUUUAA